AUGUCUAUUGGCUACGUCCCUCCCCCGCCCUCCCGCUUCUCCGUCCUCUCCACCUCCUCCAUCUCCUCAGACCACUUCUCACCCACAAAUUCAUCUCCUCGUUUCUCUCUUGCCUCAGCACCCUCGAUCAACUCAACCCUCGUUGGCUCAUCCAAGCCGUCCCAGCCUCGCCAGUCCAUCUAUGACCGGCCAAUCAACAAGACGCGCACCGCCGAGGUCUCCCUCUCCGCAUUCUCCUUCCUCUUCUCCGAGAUGAUCCAGUACACCCAGAAACGCGUCAGUGGCAUCAAUGACCUCGAACGCAGACUAAACGCGCUUGGCUACCGCGUCGGCCUCCGUGUCCUCGAACUCCUCGCCUGGCGAUCCGAGUCCGCCUCCAAGGCGCCCAAGCGCGAGACCCGGUUCCUCCCCGCCCUCAUGUUUGUCCACACCCAGGUCUGGCGCGCCGUCUUUGCAAAGCAGGCAGACGCGAUCGAGAAGAGCGUCGAGAAUCCCGACGAGUACAUGAUCGUGGAUAACGAUCCGCCCCUAGAGCGGCACAUCUCCGUCCCGCGCGAUAUGAGCACCCUCAGCUGCUCCUCGUUCGCUGCAGGCAUCGUGGAAGCUGUGCUCGAUGGCCUCAACUUUCCUGCGAGAGUGACAUCGCAUGCGACGCCGACUGCGCAGUAUCCGCAUCGGGUGACGAUCCUCAUCAAGCUCGAACAGGAGGUGCUUGCCCGGGAGGAGGUUCUCAAGUGAUUUGCUGCGUUCGUCAGGGACCUUCUUUGCCCAACCAGGCCCCUGUGGGCCUGGAGGUUGUGUUUUGGGCGUUUGCCGUGCCGUCGGGCUUUU